AUGGCAGAUUUUGUUGCUAAUACAAUCAAUCAGUACUGUACUGGAAAAGAAAUCAAAAUGGCGACAGACCCACUCUUUGGUUGGGAUUUAACUUUUAAGAUUAUUGAAAAGGACGUACGACGCAAAUCCGAUAUUUUGAUAGCUUUUAUUCACUGGAAUUUAACUAAAAGAGGCUUUAGAAGUAUCGGAAUAGGUGAUGAGCGGACACUUACCGGUGAAGAGGAAAAAACAGAGCUAUUACCAAAUGGUUGGAAUGAUAAAGACAACUAUACCUUAAGAUACGUUUUGGAAGACAAAUUGUAUAUUCUUCAUGGGAUAAACACAGAUGGCAAUCUCAUUAUUAAUCUUCUGAGAUCGGAUGAUUUAGCAGUCUCCAACUUAGCGGUGAAUGUUGAUGAAUCGGUGACAGCAACAAGUGGAAACAUUGAAAAAUUAAUGCCGAACUACAAGGAUCUGAUGUUCAAUAUAAAAAGGGAUCUCAUUGACACAAUUACACAGAGGCCUACUACUACUGCUCAAACACAAACACGAGAAACCUCCAAUGAGAGAAGACCUGACAGUGAUCCUUUAAGAAUGCCGCCUCGACCUUUACCAUGUGUUCGUCCAAAUACGCAAGAUUUAUGGGAUUUACCUCCAGCUCAACCUAGCAUUGGAAGAUCAGAUCUAGAUCCCUUUGCACCUGGAGGUGGUGGAAUGAUCUUCAACCCAUUUGGACCAAGAAGGGAUAUUGAAAAUCCUGGUUUGGGUAUUCCUGGAGGCUUACCAAGAGGAGCUGUCCCACCAGGUGCACGUUUCGACCCUUUCGCGCCACCUGGGGUAGGACCGAUGCCUGGACGUCGACCACCGCCUCCCGAUGCUGAUCAUUUUCCGCCACCUGGCUUCAAUGAUAACAUGUUUAUG